GCGGCGCUUAGCCUGAGAAACCUUGACAUUGAAGAUGGUGAGUAGCCAGCCAAAGUACGAUCUAAUACGGGAGGUAGGUCGAGGUAGUUACGGUGUUGUGUAUGAAGCAGUAAUCAGAAAGACCUCUGCAAGGGUGGCUGUGAAGAAAAUUCGAUGCCAUGCACCUGAAAAUGUUGAACUAGCCCUGCGUGAGUUCUGGGCACUAAGCAGUAUCAAGAGCCAACAUCCAAAUGUGAUACACUUGGAAGAAUGCAUCCUGCAAAAAGAUGGGAUGGUGCAGAAGAUGUCUCACGGCUCUAAUUCUUCUCUUUAUUUACAGCUUGUAGAGACUUCAUUAAAAGGAGAGAUUGCCUUUGAUCCCAGAAGCGCCUAUUACUUGUGGUUUGUGAUGGAUUUUUGUGAUGGAGGAGAUAUGAAUGAGUAUCUGUUGUCCAGGAAACCCAGUCGUAAAACUAAUACCAGCUUUAUGCUUCAGCUGAGCAGUGCCCUGGCUUUCUUACAUAAAAACCAGAUCAUUCAUCGAGAUCUAAAGCCUGAUAACAUCCUGAUUUCGCAAAGCCGGUUAGAUACCAGUGACUUGGAACCCACACUAAAGGUGGCUGAUUUUGGUCUAAGUAAAGUUUGUUCAGCCUCUGGGCAGAACCCAGAAGAACCUGUCAGUGUAAACAAGUGUUUCCUUUCCACAGCAUGUGGCACAGAUUUCUACAUGGCUCCUGAAGUAUGGGAGGGACAUUACACAGCAAAGGCUGACAUCUUUGCUCUGGGGAUUAUCAUUUGGGCGAUGCUGGAAAGAAUAACUUUCAUAGACACUGAGACAAAAAAAGAACUCUUGGGGAGUUAUGUAAAGCAAGGAACUGAGAUUGUGCCUGUUGGGGAGGCACUUCUGGAAAAUCCCAAAAUGGAACUUCUCAUUCCUGUGAAGAAAAAGACUAUGAAUGGGCGAAUGAAACAGCUGAUUAAGGAAAUGUUGGCUGCAAACCCUCAGGAUCGUCCAGAUGCUUUUGAACUAGAACUCAGAUUAGUACAAAUUGCAUUUAAAGAUAGUAGCUGGGAAACGUGACACACAGUUUAUUUGCCAAUAUCUUGGAUAAUAUGCUGCUUCUGUUUAAACAGUGAUGCAACAAAAUGUGGCUGAAAAUGAAUAUCAAAAACUGAAUUCCACCUUCAAAGGGUUUGGAUUAUAAUGUGGGGUAGAUUUUUUUUUCUGCUCGUUUUUUUUUUUUUUUUUUUUUUUUUAAGUCCAAGAUGGCCAUUUUGUUAGUAUGUUUUAAGUGUGCAUUACCACUGUGGUUGUAAUUUUUUUUAUGAUCAUUAGUAGAAGUUUGGCAGGAAAAUUCUCUUAUGAGCCAAGAAGAGAAGAGAGUACAGUUUCUGGAAAUAUGUCUCUAAGUAUUUUAGUCAUUCCUUGUCAGUAUUAGGAAUUUCCAUGGAAAGAAGAGGUUUGCAUGCUGGUAAUGCGACCUUUAAAGCUUUGUAAAAGAAACAUAUAUGUAUAUAUUUAUGUAUAUGUAAGUAUGUGAAUGUGUGCAUUUUGCAUUCCACAUGAAAAAUGCCACUUCUGUUUAAAUUAUUUGGUGUAGAUUUGGUUUUAUGAAAUUUGCUGGUGAAAUCAGUGAUUAAAAAAUAAAAGAACCUUCCCUCAUUUUCUUAACACAGGUCCUCCCUCUAAUAAAAUCAUGCUUAGUUUUUUUUUAUUUUUGUAAUAUACAGCUCUUUUUUUAAGACAUCAAUUUGAAGGGGCUAAAACUAUCCAGUUAAACAAAUGAAACUGAGUGGUUCAGAGCUGCUGAAGUAUGUUUGCACUCUCCAUUGCCCUAUAGCUGCAGGAGUUGAAUUAGUCAUGCAUAUGUGGUAGCCAGAUAUUGAUGAUUCAGUCAGAUCUUCUUUAGGUAAGUAACCAAAUAUUCAGGUAGUCAAUUAACCACUGCUUCAGUACUUACCUACACAUCUGCAAUCUGGUAUAAAUCUGAACAUAGAAGUCUUAUGUUUCUGAAAACUUUGCUGUAUAUGAUACUUGAUAAUCAAUUUUUUAUUUUAAGACUUAAAGUUUCAGCAUAAGAAACUAAAGAACAUUAAGAAACUAAAUGAACUCCAUAUUGCCUACCCUGGAAUGAUCUCUUGUUUAUUCACUGGAAUUUCUUUCAUUUUGACAUUAAUGUUUUGUCUAAGUUGAGACAAAUAGUAGUGAUUUGGUUAUAUUACAUGCUCAUCACCUUCUUCUAAAAAGUUAAGAGAUGAUACUAUCCAGUUUUUAGCAAGUGGGUAAAAUAUAUCAACUAUA